AUGAGGCAAUUGGGCCAGAUAUCUGCACCUCUGGGGUUGGGCUCUGAGCUGAGGAAGGAGAUCAUCAGUCAAGUUAAUUCUCAUCAACAUCAGCCCAUCGUGGUUUUCAGCUCCACCUUUCCUCUGUGCAGACAGGAUGUCUAUAAUUUAAGGGAGGCAUGCACAGAGCUUAAACCCAUUUUGUUUGCAGACGAUGCUACGUUAGUUUGCUGUGGGGAGAAUUUGAAUCAGAUUCUGGACACUGUACAUAAGGAGCUCUCAAUAUUGAAGACCUGCCAAUCACACACAGCCUUCAUCAACGUUAGGAGUUUGAUGUGUGCGCGAAAUACAGACAGCAGAGUGGCAGAGAUGGGAUCACUUCACCUCCUCCUGAUUUUCUGCAAAAUCUGUCAAGUUGUCAAUGUAGGCAAAAUCUCAGAGAUUAUUCAAGAUAGUGGUAUUAAAAUGGCUAAAAUUGGGGAAAAUGUGACUCUGCACUGCACCUGUCGAGAUACCUCUGUGACAUCCUUUGCUUGGUACCUGCAAAGUCUGGGUACUAAACCUCACCUCUUAUCAAGUAGGAUGAAACACAGCCCUAAAGCUGAAAUCACCCCCUUGUACCAAAAACGCUUUGAAGUCUUUGCACAGAGUCAAAAUGGCAUCAGUGAUCUGAAAAUCAGUUACCUUCAACUGUCAGAUCCCGGGACAUAUUACUGUGGGACGUUAACAUUCAACGCCAUUCAAUUCGGACAAGGGGUUUUCCUUCAAGUCAAAACAUCUCUGUCCAACAGAAGAUCCGUGAUCUACCAACCGGUGAAUAGAACACUUCGACUGGGGCAGACUAUGAAUUUGAGCUGUACCGUGUACACUGAGCCAUGUGCAGGAAACACGAGUCUGUUCUGGUUCAGAGAUGGUUCAUCCCACCCUGAUGUUAUGUAUCCCAGUGAAGGAAACUGUAAAAACCUCUCAGACUAUCCGCGCCAUGGGAAGAGCUGCACUUUAAAUCUUGAAAUAAAUUCUGUGAGCUCCUCAGAUGCAGGAAUCUACCACUGUGCCUUAAUUCAAUUCAAUUCAAGUUUAUUUAUAUAGCGCCAAAUCACGACAAGAGUCGUCUCAAGGCACUUCACAUAAUAAACAUUCCAAUUCAGAUCAGUUCAUUAAGCCAAUCAGAAAUAAUGUUUCCUAUAUAAGGAACCCAGCAAAUUGCAUCAAGUCACUGACUAGUGU